UGAAAUGGAAAUACAAUCCAUAAUGGAAUAGAAAGGCAGCAUAUCUGAUUUGGGUUGGACGAGGGCCAGUAAAACUGUAUUUGUUGUCUUUUCUUUGUGUUGUUUUUCAUUCUUUUUUGGGAUUCUAGCCGAUAAUAUCUGAGAAGUACUGUGCGAUAUCUUUUGAAAAGAGUGCUGGAAUAAACGCUUACUUUCUCCUGGAAAAGUUGAUGAAAACUCUCAUGAGACAUAUUUAGGAUGAGGCAGAAGGUAGCCAAGGAAAGCUUUGCCCAUGUAACAAUGGGUCACACAAAGUAAACGUCACACACAGACGUGGACACGUCACAAACGAUGUAUAUCCGGAAGACGUCGUUACCAAGGAAACAGAAAAAAGUAAACUGUGCUAAACAAGAAGAUACACGGAUCAUCGGAAAACAUGUCAGCAAACAAGAACCCACCGUCUUAAGAAAUAAAGACGGGCGAUCAUGGAUUCCUACCGCGGCGACAAUGCAGUUCUUGAACACAGACGUCGACGCUCCUCUCUCCCGGCUUUUUGUGUGGCAAAGAUUGUAUGAAAACACGUUCUUUAAUCCCAAGCCAAAAUUUACAAGUGCAGAUUAUGCAGAACGUUGCGGAAAGAAAUCAGCGCAAAUUAACAUGGACAGAUUAUGUGUAGUGAACAAGAAAUCCACACUACACCCCUAUCACCGAGCUCUGAACAACGCUAAACUUCAUUACCAAACAGAACAGUUUUACUCAAACUUGGAAAAUAAUUGCGACACUUUUCCCGAGAGAUGGAAACCUCCCGUCAAAGAAAAAUCCCCAGUGCGACGGUUUCCUCUUCUUGCACCAAUCACACCUCCGACAACUAAAACAAUUGCCAAAAAGACUCGUUAUCCAGCUUACGAUUCCAACGGUCGACCGCUGCCUAGAAGACCCGCCAAUGCGACACACCAAGCGGAUCCCGCUCCAAUUUCAGAGUUUGAAAAUCUCCAUCCUACCUUCUGCGUUCUCAGUCGGGACGGGUCUGCUGACCAGCUGGCUUAUUAUCGUCACCGCUUUCCUUUAUUACUCAAAAUUAUCAAGGGAGAUAACGUGACGGAUCCAUCCAGACCUAAUACCGGAUUACCAAGACAGGUCACCGGAUUAACCACCAGGCCUAAAACAUCCGAUAAAUAGCUGUAACGGAUCCUUCGGACGACCAGUAACAGGAGCAUCGAGUUAAAACACAUUUGAAUAAAACUUGCUGUUAUAAUACACUAAGAGGUUUAUUAGAUCUUAGUAAUACGCAAUUGUUUGCUGAAUUAUUUAAAAAGAGAAAGGCAAAAUUUAUGAAUAAUGUAACAAAGCACAUCAUUUAAACAUGUUUACUAUGUGUUUAUUCUCAAGUAGAAAAAGGACUUAUCUUUUUUUGUUUGAGCAAAGUCGCAAUGGAUGGAUUCUCAUUAGUAUCACAGUAAAAACAAAUUACUUUUAAAACUCACAAAUAAGUAAAACAUCGACCCCCUCAAAAUGUAUGCAAUUUAUAAUUUUUGUAAUAUUUUACGUUUUGACAAUAAGUAGAAUUCAGUACUAAUAUCGUUUUAACAAUGAAGAACCCUCAUGAUGUGACGACUGAAAUGACUACACAUUAAAAUCAGUUUUCUCUCUUUU